UCAGAAAUUGCAACCAUGAGAAGAGAAGAUAUCACAUACUUGGGUGCAGGCCCUGCUGCCCUCCCCGCAGAUGUCCUUGCUACCGCCGCCGAGGCCCUGCAAAACUAUGAGAACACCGGAUUGGGUGUCGCGGAACACAGCCAUCGCAGCGAAUUGGCCGCGAAUAUCCUGAAUACUAUGAAAGCCGAUCUCACAACCUUCCUAAACAUCCCUCCCGAGUUCGAAAUUCUGAUCAUGCAAGGUGGAGGAUCCGGUCAAUUCGAUGCUACAGUGUACAAUCUGACGGCAAUCUGGGUUGAAAAGCAGAGACAGAAGAUCUUGAAAGAGCAGGGUGAGGUUCCUGAGGAAGAGCUGAUCAAGGAGCUGCGGAAGAAAGUGGAUGCAGAGCUACGAUUGGACUACUUGGUUACUGGAUCAUGGUCACUCAAGGCUAGUCAAGAGGCCGCCCGGAUACUUGGCCCUGAAUACGUCAACAUCGCCAGUGAUGCUAGGACAGCGAAUGAUGGGAAAUUCGGUGUGAUUGCGGACGAAUCAACCUGGAAGCUCAGCCCCAAGGCCGCCAUGGUGUAUCUCUGUGAAAACGAAACUGUUGACGGCGUCGAAUACCCCAACUUCCCCAAGGUUCUCGAAUCCAAGGGGUCAGACGAUGACCCAAUUGUUGUUGGAGACUUUUCUUCGACGAUUCUAUCGAGACGGAUUCCUUUCGAAAACUUCUCGAUUGUUUACUUCGGAGCUCAGAAGAACCUUGGUCUUACAGGAAUCACAGGAGUUAUCAUCCGCAAGAGCCUGCUUCCCCCAGUGUCUCCCCCAUGCUCCCCUACCAUCCUCCGCAAGCUAGGAUUGCCCAUUGCGCCAACUAUCCUUGACUACUCUACUGUUGCGAAGAACAACAGUCUCUACAACACCCUGAGCAUCUUUGACGUAUACGUGGCUGGCCAAGUUAUCAAGAAGCUGCUCGCCACAUUCCCUGAUAAAGUCGAUGGACAGCAAGUUGUUGCCGAGAGAAAGGCAGCCAAGAUCUACGAGGCUCUCGACGCCUACCCCGAUGUCUACCGUGUCGUUCCUGGUAAAAAUGCGCGCUCAAGAAUGAACGUCUGCUUCCGCGUAACCAAGAAUGGCAACAUCGACGAAUCCGAGAAGGCUUUCCUGAAAGGUGGCGUUGAACGUGGAAUCACCGGUAUGAAGGGCCACAGAAGUGUCGGAGGAAUCCGAGCCUCGAAUUAUAACGCCAUCCCUGAGUCUGGAAUCGACAAGCUUGUGGUCUAUCUGAAGGAGUUUGCCACAGCGUAAAUUAUCCAUAUGCGGUGUUUCAAUGAGAGGAAAGAGGUGAAGUAAAAUCAAUUUCAUUCAACUUGUCACGUAUUCAACGCAUUGGUGUUCGGGCUGAAGGAUUCUAGUUUCAACAGCGAUGGAGGCUCAACCUUCCAGUUUAUAAUGUUUCACGCAUGGUCUCCCAGAAUAUAAAGCACUAGUAGCCGGUUAUAUAAAGCAGUAUUCACCACAUAUUUUGUUUUCUGGCUUUUCUCC